AUGGCAACUCCUCAAUCCAAUCCAUUCCUGCUGGCCGCCGACAAUCCCUCGCAGCUUCUCACUCUGCUGCGAAAUGACCCCGCCAUCGCAUCCUCUCAAGACGAGCAUGGAUACUCUCUCAUGCAUGCAGCAGCUUCAUACAAUCACUUGGAACUGCUUCGAGCACUCGUAAAUGAAUUCCAUGUCGACGUUGACCUGAAGGAUGAGGACGGAGAUACAGCCUUGUUCGUGACAGAGACUACGGACUGUGCGAAGGUCUUGGUGGAGGAGCUACAUGCGAGUAUCACGAUAAGAGGAAGUGAGGGGCAGACGCCAAGGGAGAAGAUCGCCGAAGAGGGGGAUUUUCCACAGGUGGCAGUAUAUUUGCGGAUGAGGGAGCUGGAAGCUGGAAUGACGGAGGUGAACGGUGUCCAGGAACCUACAACGAACGGCGCAUAUCCCCCUCCAUUGCCAGAAGGUGUACAGGUUAACAUUGGAGCAAUGGCUCCAGAAGAAGCCGGAGAAGUUGCAGACCCCGAGUUCCGACGAAGAAUAGAGGAGUUGGCAUCACGAGAAGAUUUUCAAGGGGAGGAGGGGCAAAGGGAGUUGAGAGUUCUUAUCGAAGAAGCACUGCGGGGUCAAGUGGGCGAUGACAGAAACGUGCGAAGCCGGACUGAAUAA